AUACAAUUUUAUUUUCACACAUAAUUCUUGCACAUGGAAUUUAAAGAAAACUUUUUGAUUUGUAAAAUAAGUCCAACGUAGCUGUAAAAAAAUGCAUAUAAUAUCUAUUUCGAAUUUAACGAGAAUUUAUACAUUGUUUUUAUGGAUUUAAGCAAAAAAUUUAAUAGUUUUUACUCCAAUUUUUGAUUUGAAACAUCUAAUGCGGCGGGUCAAACCGGCUGUUGGUGUGGCGACGUGUGGGGACGUAGCGACGCGUCACCAAGCGAUCCCCUCUUUCUUUCACUGCGUUGAGUUCGUAUACCUGAUGUCGUUAUAUCGUAUAUUACUACUUAAUUAUAGCUGUACCUAGGUUGCUUAAGGGGUCUGAAUUCUCUGUGGUUAAAAAAGUAGUCUUUUUAACGUAUCACAUGCUAUAGUGGGCACUUAUUAAAGUGCGUAAAGACAUGACCCCUCCUGGAAAAUAUAUGAUCUGCCUCUUUUUCUCGUAUAGUUAUAGCAUAUGUGUUGUUUACUUCAGAACAUGUGUUUUAUUUGAAAGUAAUAACUGUAACAAUAGAAUAUGAGUGACUGUGAUAGUUUAGAACACAUUUUGCCUCAAAUAGAGAAAAUAAAAUUACAUUAUGUCACACAAUCUGAUCCCUAUAUACAUGUUUUGCGGUGCAAUGAAUAAUAUAAGAUUGGUGGUAUAUAGAGAGACAUGAUUACAUUAAUUGAUGUUUGUAAUUUUAUGAAAAAGAAACAUAAUAAUUAGACUGUGGAAUUAUAUGAUUUUAUACAUUUUGUGAAUUUAUUCCAACUAUAUUAUCAGCCAGUACAAAUUUUUAUGUAUUGACUGAAAAACUUAGAAAUGUGUUUUUCACUCUGUUAUAAUUUUCGGGAGCACAUAAGUGUGUGUAUAUUUUGUGUGUUAUGAAUAUUUUUCAUAAAAAUUUGAACAUAAUGGAUUUUUAGAAGUAUUUUCAAGGGAUUAUGAGUUUGUAUAUAUUUUUUGGGGGUUAGAUGGAUUUAUCAAGGCCUGAUUAAGGGGGAGGAGAAUGCACCGAGUCCCAUAAGCUUGAAAGAUCCAUCUUGAAUUUUAAUAACUUAGUCUUUAUUAAUAGCUAGUUUUUCAGGUUUUUUUGCUCAUCAAUGUUUUUACAAGAGCGAUAAUUUCCAACUCAAGGUACAGCUUAGAGCCCAUAUAGGCUUGAACAAACAAAGACUCGUAAAAUUGAUCAUAUUAUAUUAAAAAUUAAAAAAGAAAAUGUUAAAUUAAAGUAUAAUUUCUGAAUUUUAUAAUUACAUAAGAUACUUUUAAAAAAAUUAAACAAAAAUUUAAAUAUUUUUUUCACUUAUUAUAAUUAAAUGUGCUACUGCAUUACAAAAUUCCAGGAAUUAUAAAUUUUGCCGUUAUUUUCUUGUUUUGAGUAAAUAACCUGGUUGAACUGUUAUUUAUGUAUUAAUUUGUAUGUUCGUUAACACAUACUCAAUACUAACUGAAUGGAUUAUGAACCCAUCAAUAAGGUAAAAGUGUGUAUUUAUUUUUAUUUUUAUUUUAGUUGUAUACUCAUUGUAUACUCAAAUAAAAUUAAAAUAAUAAUAUUAAUACUUAAUUUGUAUCUUUAGUUUGUCUAGCAAAAAAAAAAAUUCAUACUUUUACUCCAGAUUACUCUAAUUUUAAGAUGUACGAAUCCAAUAGAAAAUGUAUAAGUUUGAUAGUAUUUUAGUAAUGUUUAAUUUAUUUUAUUAACAUUUAUCUCUCCUAGUAUGUUUAUUUUUUCAGAACUCUAACGAUCACCUUAGUUUUUAAAGUAUCAAUAACAGAAUAUUAUUGUAUGAAAAUCACAUUGGACAUCAUAGAGCAAUUUUUUAAGAAAAGUCUAUGAAUUUAGAAUCAGUGCGUGAAAGAUACAAAAAUACAUAUUGUAUUAAGUUUUUAUUUUUGUUUAUUUAGAUAUUAUGCCGACACAUUUUCAAGAAUAAUUUGGUAGCACUAAGGAAGCAGCAGUUAAAACAGCAGAAAAUGACUAAAGCUGGACAAAUGAUUAUUCCAAAAUCAUUUUAUUACCAACUGAUAAUAAUUAUGAAUACCUUGAUAGGUUCGUUUGUCCAAAUCUUUGUGGACGUAGUUAUAAAAGAAAAAUUCAUCUCAAAAGACACGUAACACUUGAGUGUGGAGUUUGGCCGAAGUUCGAAUGUAACGUUUGCUAUAAACGUUUUACGCGAAAAGAAGGUUUAUCUAGUCAUGUGAAAAAAACUAUGCAUCAUUUUCCAAACGGAUGGUUGUAGUAAUGAAGUACUUUUCUUAAUAUCUCUUCAAAUUGUUUUUUUGUAUAUAUUGUAGUCAUUUUUAUGUAAUGGAAAAUUCAUAUGUUCAAUGAUAUUUAUUAAUUGUUAUUUGUCUAUUUUAGUUUAAGACGUGUAUAAACUUUAAAUAGUAUAUUGUGUUAAUAUUAAAUAUAACACAAUACAGACAAAAAUUGAUAUUUUUAAUUAUUACGUUUCUUGUACAAUUCUCUAUAACUAUCGUUUGAAACAUUCUUGUAAAAUUUACUUAAAUCAAUUAAAUUAAUAGAAUUAUUGUUUUUGUUUAAUACAUUUUCCUCUAUUUUGUUUGUUUUAUCACCAAAUUUGUGUUUGGUUCUUAUAUAAUAAUGUUGCUACUUGUAAUUGCAUAUGAAAUGUUUUUAUGUAAAUAUAUCUCUACGUGGGAUUUAUUAAAUGUUCAUAUACUGGACGCGAUGUGGUUGAGAGGGCGUGUCAUAAUUGACGCGGCAGAUGAUUCAACGUCCGGUCAAACACGAGGAGGAGGUAAAAGAUGGGAAUGUCCCAGGAACUGUGGCCGGAGCUACAAAAAUAAAAAACACCUGCAAAGGCACAUGUGUGAGUGUGGAGUGCCGCCUCAGUUUAAAUGUGAUAAAUGUGAAAAAACAUUUAAACGCAAAGACCAUAUGAAAAAGCACGUUAAAUGUUGUGCAGAAGGCUCUAAUACUUUUACAUGUGCGAUUUGCUUGCGAAAAUUUGGAUACAAAUCCAACUGGAGAAAUCACAUGAUAUUUAAACAUAGUUUAACUGAAGAAUGGUUGGUCGGUGCAGGAAAUUACUUGGAGACAAAUCUAAUAACAGGUCCGCCAUUCACAGGAGAUUUAUGAUUGUUACAAACUCCUUAUUUUUAAACAUAUUGAUACAAGUUAUCACUAUGAUUGAAAAUAAGAAUUAUUUGAACGCUGUCUAGUAAAACAAUUUAAACAAAACUUUUAUUUUAUUAUUUAAUGUUUUUUAUUUUAAAAUUUAAAUAAAAUCAUAUUUAUUUCCAAUAUUAUAUUGUUGAAUUUGAUUUGAUCUAUAGAACAAGUUGUUAAAAAUUUUUUUAGUAGUUUAAGGAUGUGACCAUUUUUUUUUUUUAAUAUUAAGUAGUACUUACGUUAUUUCUUUUACAUGUAUAUAAUACAAAAAUAUCAUUGACUUAAUAUUUCAGUGAUUACGUAUACCUUAGUAUAAUUUUAAAUAAAUCUUUAGGUAGUAAAUUGAUUAUAGUUAUUUGUUAUCUUCUAUUUAAUCAGUAAUUGUUAAUUGAUAAUUGUAUGUCCAUAAUUACUAUUGAAAAAUAUUUUUUCUUUUGAAAAUGACUAUUUACAUUUUUUAUUCUGUUUAAUGUUUAAUUAUGUAGUUUAAUUAAUUAAAACUAUUUAAGGUACUAGUUGGAAGUUAAUUGUAUUUUUAGUUUUCUCAGUCUUAAAUUUAUUAAAUGUAUAUACAUUCCAUAAUAUAUACUUUUCAAAUAGAGUGCAAAUGAAAAUAAUGUUUAAUUGAUUAACCAUUUAUUAAUAUAAUUAAUGUAAUAAAAAUUUUAGUUAGCAGGCUGUAUCUUUAUUAUUUUAGGCACUUAAUAUAAUAUACCAUUGUAUGUAUUCUAGCACUUAUUGUAUUAUGAAUAAACUAGUAAAUGAUUAUAAGUACGUAAAUAAAGAAUUACAUAAUUUACAAAA